AUGAAGCUCACAACGACUACCGCUACACUCGCUGCGCUGGCACUCGCCUCUACCGCCGCGGCGCACUUCACGCUCGACUACCCUGCCACACGCGGGUUUGACGAAGAUAUGGAAUCGCAAAACUUCUGCGGCGGCUUUUCCAACGUCUCCCUGCCCCGCCAACCGUGGUACUACAAGAAUGGGCCGGUCGAGAUCGACAGCCACCACGAUACGGCUGUGGUCAACAUCUACAUCUCGUACAGCGUGCCCACGUCUGCGCAGGCCUUCCUGGCCGCAAGCCCGCUGCGACACGACCUCGCCAUCACAGGUCAGGGCGAGUUCUGCUUCCACGCCAAUGCAAGCGCGAGCAGCGUGGCUGGUGUCACCCCGGCCGCUGGCACAAACGCUACACUCAUGGUCGAGUACAUCAACACCCAGCAUGGACAUCUGUACCAGUGCUCGGAUGUGGUCUUCACCGAUGACAAUAACGUGGGUGCCAACAUCACGUGUACCGAUGCUCUGACCACUGGCACGUCUGGAGCAAGCUCGACCGCGAGCUCGACGGCAAGCUCGAAACCCGCGGGAGCAUCGACUGCGGCUGUGUCGGCCUCAUCGGCUCCUAAUUCGAACGACCACAGCGCUGCUUUGGCGUCUGUGCCGAUGCUGAGCCUGGCUGUGGUCCCCGCUUUGCUUGCUGGUGCUCUGUCGCUGGCGUAG